AUGGAUACUUUAACACUCUCUUACGUCGAAUGCGACGAGUAUCAACUGGAGACAUGGAUUAAGACCGCCAUCGAGCAUGGAAUCCGGAAUCUUUAUGUUGAACUUGCCUUAGAUACAUUCCCUCGAUCCCUCUUCAACUGCAAAACCAUGGUAGACUUGAAGCUUGAUAUAUAUAUUGGUAGAGUGUUACUCUCUGCUAUGGACAAUGUCUCUCUGCCUAGCCUCAAGAAGCUUCAUGUUUCUAAUCUUGUGUGUGAGAAUGAUGAUGCGCUUCCUCACUUUCUUUCUGGUUGUCCGUCGCUCGAGGAGUUGAUUAUGGAAUUCAAUUAUGUGAACAAAGAUAUUUAUGUGGCCUGCAUAAACAUAUCAUCACCCACAAUAAAGAUGCUUAAGAUCAUUCCUGUUUCUUAUCCUACCAAAUGUAGGAUAAUAAUAAAUUCCCCGGCCCUUAGGUAUCUCGAAGUGUAUGGCUAUGACUUGGAGCGUGUAACAAUUCCUAUAACCAUGAUCUCCUUAGUUGAGGCGGAUAUCAGCUUACAAUAUUUACGCUUCUCAAAUCUCAAAAAGAAUUGCAAUUCCACGGUGGUGAAGUUUCUUCAUUCUCUGUCUUAUGUAAAGUGCCUAAAGCUAUCAGGUCGGGAAUUUGAGGAGCUUGUUCGUAGAGGACUUGCUUGUUCAGAUGUAAAGUUUGAUAAUUUAACCAAACUUGAACUCCGAUUGGACUUUGAAUGGAGUUUGCUUGUAAAGUUCCUUGAAGUUGCUGAUAAUCUUCAAGUCCUUAUUUGUCAGGAGGUUUAUUUUGAAGAGGGGUGUUCGUGUCCAGAGUCCGAACAAGUGCCUAAAUGCCUAUUAUCAUGUCUAAGAACAAUAACAAUUAAGUCCAUGCGGUUCAAUGAGCAUGAAUUUGACAUGGUAAAAUAUCUUUUGAGGAAUUCUCGAGUAUUGGAGAGGAUGGAAAUAUUUACCUCGCGUUCUGGGUACAUUGAUUUGAAGACGAAAUUCGAAGCGCUUAAGAGAAUUUCAUUGUUUGAGCGAGGAUCCAACGCAUGUCAGCUUGCCUUCAAUGAGAGUGAUUUGUUGAGUAAUUGUGUUCACCAGCUUGUGUUAGCCUGUUUGGCUUGA